AUUCACUAAUACACACACACAAACACACACACACACACACUUGGUCAUACUCAAGAGAUAUUGCUCACCGGUGCUCACAAACUCAACUCCAGAGGAGAAGGAGACAACAGCAAGAGAUCAAGUAAGAAUUUCAACUUCAUAUCACUUACAGUCUGCUUUCUCUCUGCUUUGUUAAUUGACUUCUUUAAAAGUGUUUUAUUAGUGAAUUAAUUACACAAAGUCACAAACAAAUGACCUGAUUUGACAUGACUCUUAAUCUCAUGCUUUUUUUGCUUUUCUAAACUCAGGACACUGUCUGAAGUCAUUUAAUUCUAGUGACUUUUCUCUCCCUGCCUUCUUUUAACUUCUUUUCUACUUUACCUCCAUUUAAAUAGUCAAGUCUCUGUCUUUUGUCUUAUCUGUGAAUUCGGAGCUGUUAUGUAAGAAACUAUCUACACCUGUUUAUGGCUGUACCGUAGCACACAUCUUCGUUAUCAUAGACACUUAGGUAAGCUAAUUUUAAUGAUAAAUGAUCAACUUACUGGCACCCUAACCUUAGAAGGUAACUCGUGCUUGAACUACUGUAUUACACGGUUGUUAGUCUACAAACAUGUAAAAAGUGUAAGUUUGUGUUCAAUGUCAUUUACAUGUUGAAUUACGAAUAAUUUAAGUCUGUCUUUAUGUACAAUGCAAAAUGGCAAACUUAUGUUAUAGUGGACAAAAUAUAAAGAUUUAAGGCCACUCAAAUAAUCCACCUGUAAAACCAAAAGCUAUUGUUUUUACGCUGAAGUUGCUGCAUGAAUUACAAAGGUAAAAAAUGUUAAUCAGCAAGCUUUAGUCGAGCUAAGAAGAGGCAGAUGUGUGACCUUUGCUCCAGCAGGCGAAAUGUUUCCCCCUGUUUUGAGUCUUUAUGCUAAGCCCUGAAAAUCAGCUGCUUGUAUUAGUUUUGACACAUAGGCGUACAUGUUGACGUUCACAUUUUAAUUUACACUCUGAUUCAUGCAACUAUUUUAUAGCCCAGACAAGAGUGUCUUGAAUUUUUGACAUAACAGAGAGACGUCAACAUCCAGACAGGUAGAAGCAGGGAAACUAUGUCGUCAAACACUCACAAGACCGUGAACAAGUCUACUUCUCUGUGCUACUAAAUGUGACGAGACAAUAGUGGUUUUCAAGGAGCUGCAGUUUUUAUUAACUGAAUAAAACAGACCAAAAGUUUUUAAUCGGAAUGUCAUUUAAUAUUCUAAAAUAAAGACACUGCAAGGACAGAUUGAAAGUGCACUUCAGUGUUUAGUAUUGGAUGAAAUAGGCCGUGAUGUAGGGUCAAACUUGUAAAUGUUGUUCUCUCUUUUACAAUUUAGACACUGGGCACUUUUAAGAAGCAGCAUUUGUGCAGGCUUGUAUUCUUAUAUAAGGAAUUGAAUAGGAUUUAUAGGGUAAUUAUCACAGAUUAACAGAUUGUUUUUACAGUUAGUUAAAAAACGCUUUCUUCUGUGAACUUCCAAUCUGAUGAUAUCAUCGCUAAUAAGCCAACAUAGGGGUGAUUUAGGCAUACAGAGAUCAAGAGUCCAUAUGAAGUCAUUGAUUUUGGCUACUGUACAGGAUCCAGCUGGUUAAAUCAGUGCCAAAGUCUAAGUCUAUGUGUGUGUUUGUCUUUCGUCGUAUGGACAUUGUGUCUUUGACAUUCAGUUAUCAUCACAACUUUGAUAACACUGACUUUGACCUGACUUUGAGACUCUUGUACAUUAUGGUCAUGUCUGCUACAUAACUCGUGAUCUUCACCUUUAUUUAGUCUGAGUUUCACCCAUUUGAACUUAAACCCUUCAUGAAAAUCACUGUGAGCUGCAUGAAAUGAUUAAGACUGAGUGCAACAGGAGGAGACCCAAAAUGGGUAAGGUUUAGGGAUGGGUUAUGUAACAGACUUAAACUCUAAUCUUUCUUACUCCUCAUCUUUCAGAGGUUACAAAAAGAAGAGUGGAAGAAGAAGCAAAAAGAGGGAAGAUGACAAUUGGUAAAAACUCCAGAAAAAGCUCUACAAGGAGCUCCAUAAGGGCGCCAAAAUUUCUUGAUAAGUCAAGCGGCUUUUAUGGACGUCUGGAUGAGCCUGAGCUUGCUGGAGAAGUGGAGGAACAGAGGGAAUGGAAAGGAACAGAGGAAAAUGUCGGAAAAGACAUGUCUGGGGAAGAUCAGAAGGGAGACGCUGAUGUGUUUGAUUUCAAUGAAGGGAUGAUGGAAGACGACGGAGAGACUCUUCUCCAGAGGAAUAGCAGUCGUCGCAGCAGCAGGUGGAGAAGAAGCUCAAGGAGGAAGCAGAAGGAAAGGAGAGUAGAGGAAGAUGCGACCCAAGAUGAAACACCAACCCAAAGCGAUGAGAGUCCGUCCGACCCUCAUGUCCUGGAUGACAUCAGGGUUACGAUUGAGAAGGAAGGACAAGGGAAGGAGCCUGUACUUGUUCACUUUACAAUCCGAGAGGAAAAAGACGACCAGGUCCUGAUCAGAGACAAGAAGAGAGGGAGAGAAGAGGAGGAAGAGGAGGAGAGGAAGAUGAGGAGGGAGCAAGAAGAGGGAAUGAAGAUGGUGAAGAGGAACUCAAUGAAGAAUUACCGCAAGGUAAGAGAGAGUAAAAUUAAAUAUACGAAAAAGAGGCACUUCUUUUGUUUCUGUCAACAAGCGCUAGCCACUGCUCCCUGUUUCCUACAUCAACAUGAACUCCAUCCAGCUCUACCCAACCUGGUUAAAAUUUAAGCCCCUCAAGGUUACAUAACUGUGUCCACAGAGUUUGUAGAACAGAGGGCUAAAGUUCUCUCACAUCAUCCUUCACCUAUGCGCACGGGGCUAUUAAUCACCAUGGAAACUAUCUUCUUAAUUACAGAUGCCCACAGGGGGUCAAGGUACGGCAGCCAUUGGUGCAUGUCACCGACCUGUUUGAUGACCUCAUGUGAUGGGAUUUUUUCUUUAGGCCUACAUCACAUUAGAAAUUAUAUCAGAACCGGAGUUGAACCAACAAGUUUUAGCUUCUAACCUUCAGUGUAGACAGAAUUCUGCAUGUUCACUGACAUGGCCCAGACUUCUUUAGAUCCUUUGCUCCACUGAAACCUGUAGACUGAGGUGACAUUCCUCUGCCUCCUAUAUCAUGGCCUUUGAUCAGUGGAGUGAAGUAUGCCCGUGUUGACCCGCCUACUAAAGCCACGCCAUAAAAACAUUCCACUGCCGUUAGCCAAUCAGCUCCACCCAUAACCCACAGAGGCUAACAUCCUCUUUAAAUGAGGACGAUUUUAAGACAGAAACUGGGUUAUUCACCUGGAUGCCAAAUCGAUCAAUCGGCAGCACGAUUUCUAUAUGUUGACAAAAUCACAAUAACAAUAGCAAUUCAUGUUUCAUCACUAGUUUUGAACAAAAUACCUGCAGCCAACGAUAGUGUCAAUUUCCACAACAUAUUUAAGUGCUUUUAUGCAAAGUUGUUAUUGUGUCCCUAGUUUUCCUAUAAUCAGUAUUUUACAGCAGAGUUGUACCUUUGAAACUUACAGGGUCAUAAUUUGAAGUAUAAAAAUGAAAGCAGAGGAAUUCUUCAGUCCGAAGAACAAUGCCCUAAACACAUUGAACCACCCUCGCUGCAUGGCCACAAGGAAGGCAAAGUCCAAUAAUUGGUCCUGACGUGUGGCCUUUAAAAGAUGACUCAGAUUGAGGCCUGCUAAGACACUAGUCUAAUCAUGUCAAGAUUUGUGAUUUGGCUCCACCUUUUAGUAUCAGCUCAUCUCUCUUUUAACAUCAGCAAAAUAAUGGUACCAAGCACUAUCCACAACUUUUUAAUUUAACAAUAAACCUUAAAACUUUCCAGGUGCUGUGUAAAUAAACCUCUUUUUGAAUUUGCAUGAUGAACUCUUCUCCUCCUCUUAAUCAUUACUGUUUGAAAUCACAUAAUAAUGACUAACUCUGCUAUCCCCUUGUUCCCAUCAGGCCUUGGACCGAGCCUUUCGUCGUGGCUGGGAGGCUUUCGUCGCCAACCUUUACAGCGUCACGCUCACGCCCGUGACAUCAUCCUCACCCCCAUCUUCUUCUCCUUUUACAAAGAAGAGAGAGCAACACAGCUCUGUGCUGGCCGAGUUCCAGUAGACCUGGAGAGAAAUAUGAACAAUAACAUAAAUCCAGUUUUAGUAUUUUACUUUACAUUCAAAUCACGACUAUUUUGGUCUUCCCUUAGUAACUUAAUUGUUUUGGACACUGGCCUGUGUAACAUUUGCUUCGCCAAUGAUGAGGACUUUUACUUAAACAUGUGUGUCACAUGUUUAAGUCAUACAUAUGUCCUCAUAAAUAAUUCGUUAAAGUUACUGAGUCUUAAUUACUCAUCAAAAAGUUUACUGCUCUGUCUUCUUGUGCUGCUCAUUGAUCAGCACAUACACUGCCGGUAUUUUGUUUUUUAUUUACCGUUGUAGUCAAGCUGUUGAUUUUACAUUGAAGUCAGUAGGGCUAGCAUGAAUAGAGAAGUCUAGUCUUCAUAUGACUGAGUUCAACUGCUUCUGGCUAACUUUUACAAUGCUGCUGAUUUUACACUUUCGGUCAGCGUUUGAUGAGAUACAAAUCCGGUCCACUAUUAAGAGCUCGGUCACAGAUAGUCUUUGCUUCCUAUGGUUUGGCACUAUGACCCAAGUAAUGUGUUGAUGUGUUACCAAAGGGAUAAAAUUUUCCGACCAUAUGGCUAUGACUGAUUAGUGGACUUAAAGAUGUGGAAAUAUUUAUUUCUGUUUGUUAAUCAGUGCCAUUUAUUGCGGUUUGUUGGCCAAUCAGUAACCAGUUGGAGUAAAUGACAAGGGGGGGAACUUGUGAUUGUGAUCAACAUAGCAUACAGAGGCACAUACAGACACUUGUUAUAUAAUUUCGAGAGAGAGAGAUAAACAUUUUUACUAGUAUUAACCUACUUUAAUAGAGCUUUUCUAGCACCGAUAGUGUUUCUCUCCCACUGUGUGUUCUGGUGAAGGUAUUCAACCUGAAGGGACAGAGAAGGAGUAUGAUUGAAUGAUUGUGUGUGGUAAAAAUAGCAAACAGAUUUAACUGUAUAUUAAUUUAUUUGUCACCUUUGCAACGGCACAAAAUGUUUAAAACACCUUUGCAUGACCAAAACUGUCCCUUACUGGAUGACAAGAGGUCGAAAAGUUAUUUUAGAACUUUCUUUUAGUGCUAAUUGCAAAAGGAAUUAAAUAAGAGUAAAUUAUUCUGUAAAAUUCAUAAGGACUUUUUGUUACUGUAUAUGUUAACUGUAGUUUGAAUGAAAAAAAAUCUACUUAAAAUAGAUGUGUUAAUUUUCUGUUUAACGUGGUGCAUCUGUUUUUGUGUUACCUCAAGUGUACUUGGUAAUUCUUGCAGAAAAGUCUGAAAAGUUGUGAAAACUUCUUUGGAUUAUGAAUAUGACUGUCAAAAAGUGUGCUAAUUUUAUUUAAUUCAAAAAACUUUUUGUAUAAUUAUUAAAGCUUCUGGAGUCACAAACCGGGAGAAGCAAUUUCCUGACUAAAUAAAGACUUAGUGUGUUGAA